AUGAAGACAGCAAGUAAGAGGCUUAUAGCACUAGCGCUUUAUGCAUUUAAUCCCACGGUUGUGCUACUUCUUGGAGUGUUUGUGUUUUCGUACAUGGUACCGAAGAGUCUGCCGGAGUCAUCGCUGAAGAUUAUUGAGUACAAGGCAUAUGGAAGAUCGCAGGCAGUGUUUUUUGAGCCGAAGAUAGACUUGUCUUCUCAGUUCCACUUCAACCUGAAGCAGAUCUUUGUAUAUGUAAGGGCUGUGUAUGGAGGAAGAAGCGACAGAGCAGAGAUUAUUUGGAGCAGGAUUAUUGAGAGGAGUAGUGCAAAGAAGGAGCUAACGCAGGUGUUUAGAAGUACGUAUGACGUGGUGGGCAAUCUGACGAAUGAUCCUACGUUUGAAUUGCGUGGAUGCUACAUUCCGUAUGUUGGGAUGGUGGAGGACCUACUUUUCUGCAAGACAGAGGUCAAGAUAUAG